UUCGACGUUAAAGGAGGGUUCACCUCGGCUGGAGUAUCCGAAACAAACACAGUGACGAAUCCAAAACUAAGGAGAAAUGUCUCCAGAGGACGCACUUCGGAGGCCAUCCCUUGGUUUCAGUUUGAACAGAAAUUAUGUUCCUCUGAGCAGCAGUGACCUCAAUGCUUCUGAAACAUCAACAAGAAACAACAGAAACCCAGAGUAUGACGUCAGUUGUUCUGGACACUUUUCUGAUGAUACCGGUAUGCUCAUGAAAAUGUUGAUAGAAGCAGAAGCAGCUGCAAACUCUGUGGCUGUCCAGCUCAUGUCCUUUAAAGACACCUUGGAAGAUGAAUGUUUUGAUUCAAGACAUUCUGCUGCACCUCGAUGCCGGAUUAAGCGCCAGAGAGAGCUGUUUCUUGAAAAGUUGGAGAAUUUUAAACAAACAAAUAAGUCUGUUCGACGCAAACUGAAACAACUACAGCAAGUGGAGGCCGAUGGCCGGGAGGUGGACAAACAGAUUGGCGUCUUGCUGAAGAAGAUCAGUCAGGCUGAAAGUGAAAAUGCGCACUUAAAGAAAGAUCUGAAUGAUGCUGAAAAAAGAGUUGAGGAGCUGGUGGCCCUGCGGACAGAAGAACAGGAAAAUGCAAAAACUGCCGUUCUCAAGACAAAGGCUGUGCAGGCCUCUCGUGCUCACCUACAUGGACAGCUACGCAACAAAGAAGCAGAAAACAAUCGUUUGACUGUAAGGCUUCAGUCUCUUGAGAGGGCACUGAUCAGGCAGAAAAUGGAGAAUAAAGAUCUUAAACAUUCCAUCACGAUACUGUGUGAGAAGGAGGUACAGGAAAAAGAUUCUCUGAAAAAAGCCGCCCAAUCACACAAACGAAGAGCUGAGCGAUUUGAAGCUGCUAUUGAGAAAUGCUACGCUCAGAUAAGGGAGAAGGAUGUUCUGCUCGCCAGCGCUCAAAUGGAAAGAGACUCCAGGAGAAACAGAGAAAAGCAGAUUACAGCUGAAAAAGACAAACUUGUUGGUCACGUUGAGACACUAAAAUGUCAAAUUGCAGAAAUGAACACAAGGCAGCAGAGGGAGAAGGAGGAGCUUAUUGCAGCCAAUGAGAUUGUGAUGCAGAGGAUUGAAAAACUCAUCACUGAAAAUGGAGACCUCAGUAUCAGUAAUGCAACGCUCAAGGGGUCUGUAGCUCAGUUGGAGCAGCAGCUGAGUGAGUGUGAGGCCGCCCUGGUGGAGGAGAAGGCGGUGUCCGAAGACAGGAAACGUCAGGCAGAACAGUGCCACAAUCAGGUUGCAGAAGUUCAAGCAGAGGUGGCUGAUUUGAGGAUAAAGUAUGCAAAUAUUUUGAAACAAGUGGAGAGGACACAAAACCGAAAUGAUACAGAGUUUGAAAAGAUGAGGCAGGAGCUGCAGGACCGUGUGCAUGAACUGAAAGAUUAUCCUGAAUUACUGAGAGCUGCUGAGCAGAAACUCCUCGAAUGGCAAGAGAAACUGCGAUGCUCGGCGAUAAAGAGCAGAGAAAAAUCAGAGUCCAUUAAGCAAAUGCAGAUUAAGAUGGAGAGUCAGAACAAAAUGCUGAGAUCAGCCGUGGAGAUGAAAGAGUCUGUUCAUGAAGCCAAUUUGCAACUGCAGGAGAAAGUGAUUUCACUUCAAAAAAAGAUUGAUGAGCUGCAGCAGGAGAACCAGGAGCUGGUGUUGAGGCUUGCAGCUCGAGAGGAAGCUCUCACCUGCAGUAAUCGGGAGUUGGAGCAGCGUUCAUCAGAGUGUCAGACGCUCAGCCGGCAGCUGGACACAGUUUUAUCAGAUGCCAAACUACAGGUCAACAAGAUAAAAAGCCAGGCUGCUGACAGAGAAGAGGUUCUUCAAACUAAAAUUCUGGAGCUGGAAGCAGGGCAGAGACAACGGUUUAAUGAGCUCACACUUCUACGGCAGAGCAAAGUUAUGGCAGGAAAACAGUUUGAGGUACGUCUGAAGGACAUGCAGCUCAGUCUGGAUCACUCAGAGAGCCACAAACAAAGCAUUGAGAACUAUGUGGAAUUUCUCAAAGAUUCUUUUCGGACCAUGUUUGAUGAGGAGCUGCAAGGCUUUGGAUCCUCCCAACCACUGAACUGAACCAUACGUUUUACAGUUAUUGCCAUUUAAAAGUUUUAUAUUUAAAAGAAAUGAGCUCAUUUAUGGUGGAGGUGCAGAUUUGGGUUUUUUUAUGAUGUGCUUCAACAUGUGUUGUGUUGACUUGAAGCCGGCCUCCCGCUGUUGAUAGUUGGCACCUGAAUGUUUACGUUUUUGGUGCCAAAAAAAAAAAAAAACAGGCACUCAUUUGGGACCUGAAAAUGGGUCUGAUAUGUGGUAAAUGUACAGUCGUAGCAAUUUUUCAUUGUGCUCAACUGGGAGCGUCUUAUACUUAACAAAUUUGUGAUGUCAGCAUACAUCAUGAGCCACAAAACUUGAAUAGUUGGAUGUAACUUGUGCAGAUGGGGGUGAUAUGCGUCAUGUAUGCUUUCAUUUUACAGAUGACAUUGUUUUUUAUUUCGUUCGUACAUUUUGAUAUAAAUCAUUUCUACUUGAAGGUGGAUUUGGCUACUCAGUUAUUUUGAUGCCAGGCUAAUGCAGAUUGUUUUCUGUUUUGGAGCAAGCAGUGGGCAAUCUCAUUGGAGCAUAGUAAAAAUGACCAGAGGAGCCAGCUAUAAUGUGUGCUUGAUCUGCAGUGGGUGUGCCUGGGGGAGUAGGGGGAGGUGUACAGCUCUGCGAGACACACACACCACUCCUUUGAUCGCUUACAGCCCUGUUCAGCACACCACUCUGCAUCACUGUGGCUAAAGCAUACAUCAUACAUGUGCAAAAUCCAUGUAUUUUCUGUGCACACUUACUCCAAUUAAGGGUCACAGGGGUGCUGAAGCGUAUGAUACAAGAUUCAGUUCAAUUUCUAUUAUAUAGGGCCAAAUCACAACAAUGCUCCCUCAAGGUGCUUUGCACGAGUAAGGUCUAACCGUACCAAGAUUCAGUGAUCCUUUCUAUGAGAAGAAGCUUCUUGAUUCUUCUCUGCAGCAUAAAUCCAUAGCUUAAAAAUCCCAUGAAAAGCAUGUGAUGCAUUUUUUUCUACAAAAGACAGCUCUGGGAUGUUAAAAUUUUACCUUUGUCGAAAGUGUUGUUAUGACCUGAGACGUUAGUGUAUGCAGUACCAAUGUGUGCAUGCCAAGACGCUUUCAUGUCAUGGAGCUGCAUUAAAAUUCAUUUGUAAUCAGCACUAGCCUGCUGUAAGUAUGACACACAGCUUUAGAUUGCUCUUGUAAUAAAUUGGGCCUGAUUUCCUAAUUUUUCUGUAACCGGGAAGGCAAUCGGGGCCAAAAAUCUGCAGCAGGAGGCCGUCUGAUCAAUUGGUGAUGCUCGUGUUAUUCAGGUUUCUGCCGGUCAAACGGGUGUGUCGGAAUUCUUUGACUGUAAUAUGGUGCUGUGAUUUCUAGGUGCUACUGUGCUGUAUAAAAGAAUAUAGGAGUCAGAUGUUUUGUAUUAUUAGCCUGUUUAUAUGUUUAUUAUAGAACUAUUAAGACUGAUUUACUUUGUGUUGCUAAAUGACAACAUGGCCCAUUGGUGAUAAUUUAGUAACACCAGAUGAUUAAAAUAUGAAACUGAGGCAGACUUCUGAGCGUUGCGUCCCACCAA